UUCCGUCUCAUUCGGAUGGACAAAUCAUUAUUUUUUAUAAUUUGGCUUACUCCUUAACAUGUACAUAAAGCCCUUCAAGGAAUAUUUAUUGAUCUAAAUCAAAUAAAAUUAAACAAAAAUGGAUUACGAAGCUGUUAGUAUCGCCCUGGCUUUCCUUCUCUGGGCAGCAUGGGCAGCGGCGACGGUCCACCAGAGACAGGAGAUGCGGCGGCGCAACCUCCCGCCGGGGCCACGGCGGUGGCCGGUGUUUGGGAACAUAUUCCAGCUGAUCGGAAGCGCCUCGGCGCCGCACCAGUCGCUAGCCGAGCUGGCCAAAAAGCACGGCUCAGUUAUGACUCUCCAGCUUGGCUCUAUGACCACAGUGCUCGUCUCGUCGAGCCAAGCCGCUCGAGCCAUGUUCAAGAGCCACGACACUGCGCUAGCCGGACGGAAGAUCUUCGAGUCGAUGAAGGGCGAGGUCGGCAACGACGGCUCUCUCAUAACGGCUCAGUACGGCCCCCGGUGGCGCACGCUGCGGCGGCUCUGCGCCGCCGAGUUUUUCGCAGCCGCGCCAAUCGACGCCAUGCGGCACGUGAGGGCGGCAUGCGUUGACCAGAUGGUGGAAAACGUGAAGACAGCGGCGGACGGCGGCGCCGCCGUCGAUUUCGGUAGAUUGUUUUUUGUGAUGGCGUUUAACCUGAUCGGAAACCUUGUUUUAUCCCGGAAUUUGCUGGAUUCGGAAUCGGAAAGAGGAGCCAAGUUCUUCUACCACGCCGGAAAAACGAUGGAGUGGGCAGGGAAGCCCAAUUUGGCUGAUUUUUGGGGAUGUCUGAAAUGGCUCGAUUUGCAGAGGAUCAGAAGAACAACUCAGUUCCACGUGAAACAAGCUUUCGACAUCGCCGGAGAGUUUCUCCGGGAAAGAAUGGAAGAUUCUGGAAGGACCCGAAAGGAUUACCUUGACGUGCUGUUGGGGUACCGUGGAGAUGUUCUAGAAGGUUCCACCAUCAACGUCAUCGUCUUCGAAAUGUUCACGGCAGGAACGGACACGACGACGAGCACGUUAGAGUGGGCGAUGGCGGAGCUCCUUCGUGCGCCGGCGGCACUGGCGAAAGUCCAAUCGGAGUUACGAUCGGCGAUCGGCUCCGGCGAGAAGGUGACGGAAGGCGACCUGGAGAAUCUGCCGUAUCUAAAAGCAGUGAUCAAGGAGACUCUCCGGCUCCACCCGCCGCUGCCAUUUCUGGUUCCCCGCCAGGCGAUGGAGCCGUGCCAAUUUCAGGGGUUCCAUAUUCCAGCCGGGACUCAGAUUCUGGUGAAUGUGUGGGCCAUAGGGCGGGACCCGGAGACCUGGAAAGAUCCCCUGGAAUUCCGGCCGGAGAGGUUUCUGGAUGCCACGGCGGCGGAUUACAAGGGGCAGCAUUUCGAGUUCUUGCCGUUCGGGGCGGGGCGGCGGAUCUGCCCGGCGGUGCCGCUUGCCGGCCGGAUUCUGCCGCUGGCGCUCGGGUCGGUUCUCCACCGGUUCGAUUGGCGGCCGGCGGCGAAAAUGGAUAUGAGGGAGAGAAUGGGAAUUACACUAAGGAAAGCUGUGCCACUAAAAGCUGUACCUUACGCUCUUUUGUAAAUUAAGCUAAAUUGUCGUUGUCUAGUAUGGUACUUUCACCCAAGUAAAACUAAUAA